GCUCAACUAGCAGCGGCAGUAACAAUACAAGCUCUCAGGAAUACGGUCGGUCCAUCGGGUGGACGAUAGUUGCUUACAUUUUAAUAAAGCAACUAAGGCAACAACACCAAUAUUGUUACUUGAGUAAAUAGUACAUUCAUACAUAUGUACAUAACAUAAAAAAAAAAUAAAAAAUAAAAAAUACAAAUUAAAUACAUCUGCAUACACACGAAAACAGCAAAUGCACGUUCGUUUACAAAAAUACAAGUGUAUAUACAUAGUUGUAGAAAACAUAUACAUACGUAUAAAUAUAUUAUAAAUAUGUAUGUAUGUACGUGUGUCCAAGAUUUUUUCCUGUGUAAUGGCGUACUCACAUACACAAACUAAUGAUUAACUACAAAACUAUCAGCAAUUUUUAAUAAGUUCGGGGAAAUCCAUAUCCGCUAAGGAAAAACAAAAAAAUAAAUCGGGACCAUUUAUUUUAAGUGUGAAAAAUCCUACUGAUGUUUUAUGUAUUUUAUAUAAUUUAAAGAAAAAGUUGAAUAAAUUAAAUUAUAUUUAUGUAAUAUUAAAGAACAACCGCAGAUAACAUUACAUACACUGUGAUUGAAGAGUGAAGAGUGGUGGCAGAACAAAAGGAGAACAGUGAAAAGUUUCUAAAGAUUGGCAGCUAUAAAGCAGCAAUAAAACGAUGACAUUGUCUGGUGGCUCUCCUUGUGAAAAAAAUACAUACCAUUGCUAUUUUAAGAUUGUGCAAACUCAAAAAUAUAUUUAAGGACUAUUUCCUAUCUACAUCUGUUGUCGCUAAACAUAAAGAACACUUUAAAUUGCCCUAAACCAAUUGACACUGCUCUAACAUUGGCGUCAUAAUUAAAUCCUCGUGGGACCAUCGCUGUCAGUUGGCACCAUGGAGGACGAUCAGCAGUUCUGUCUGCGAUGGAACAAUCACCAGAGUACUCUGAUUAGUGUGUUUGAUACCCUAUUAGAGAAUCAAACGCUCGUGGACUGCACAUUAGCUGCAGAGGGAAAAUUCCUCAAAGCCCAUAAAGUGGUACUAUCAGCAUGUAGUCCGUUUUUCGCCACAUUACUGCAACAGCAGUACGAUAAGCAUCCAAUAUUUAUUUUGAAGGAUGUAAAAUACCAAGAACUGCGUGCCAUGAUGGACUACAUGUACCGUGGAGAAGUGAAUAUUUCACAGGAUCAGUUAGCUGCGCUGUUAAAGGCCGCUGAAUCAUUGCAAAUAAAAGGUCUAUCAGAUAACCGCAGUGGUAGCACGCCGAAAACAGAACAACAUCGCAGUUUAAAUGUACCUGGAAGUGGUAGCGGCGGUAAAUUGAGCGGAUAUACACUCGAGCAGACGCAAUCCAAACGUCCUCGCGUUGGACCCUCACCAAUGGAGCCUACAGAUAUAUCAGGCUCCCGAGAGGGCUCUUCUAGUCCUUCUAGGCGCCGAAGGAAAGUUAGACGCAGGAGUGUUGAAAAUGCAAUGUCUGCAGAAGUUCAUGACAAUUCCAACUCUUCUCAAAUCAAUCAAUCGUCACUUCAGCCACAGCAACAACAACAACAACCACAAACCAAUGCAAGUGUAACUGGGGUUGGGGCCAUUAUGGCAGCCACCUCUUCACUUCCAGUCUCGGCAUCCACCCUAUCAAGCGGUUCAAGUGGUGUUUUAGCAGCAACUGGGUCAAUUGCUGUCACACAAGGCAGUACUCAGCAAAUGACCACAAACAUUACCAAAAAGACUGAAAGCGUUAAAGGAGUAAACGAUGCCAUUAAUACAGAAAAUAUACAGGCUGUGGGUGUAGCAGGUACUGGAGACGAACAAAAUGUCGAGCAUCUUAAGGGUGAUAAAUCGAAUCACAAACAAAAGUCGUCGACAGCUGGUGUUGCUGGUAAAGAAACUGCCGAAUUAGUAAUCGAACCGAAAAGUGAAUAUGAGGAAGAGGGUAAUGAGGAAACUGUUGAAGAUCUGACGCUAGACGAUGAGGAAAUGGGUAUGGAGGAUUUAGAUCAAAAUGCCGGUACAAGCCAAGCCGGCGAAGGAUCUAGUCAAGGAUAUGCACCAUGGCAACAUGACAGAUCUCAGGACGAACUAUUACUGGCACCUCAAGAAACACAGCAACGGGAUCCACAAGACGGGCUGUUGCAGAUGGCUUCCAAAAACGCAACAAUGUCGACAUGCCUGCCUGGUACUCCACUCACAGCGACGUCCACUGUCUACAGCUCUGAUGCGCAAACUCAGUCCCAAUGCGAGUCGCGUAUCCGUGUCCGCGACUGGCUUAUGCUCGCCGAUCAGUCUAUACUACAGAAGACAACAGAUCCGCAUCCAGACAAAUCACUAACCACCACAGUCGCUAAAGCGGACACUAACACCGUAACAUCUGUUGGAAUGAGUAGCGAAAAUGCCAGCACGCAAUGCCAAAUAGCAGCGUCCGCGGCGAUAGCGCCAAUGUUAGCAAGCAGCUCUGUUUUGGCACAAUCAGCAGCAGCAGCAGCAGUAGCAGCAUCGACAUCUUCUACAUCGGCCCCGCAGCAACCGACCUUAAUGCGCAUUGGUAGUAUAGGACGCACCACUAUUGCGUGCGUAGCACCCGCCGUACGAGGUGAUGAUGGAGAAAUGAAUUUGCUAAACAAUGGCAGUAUGGGUGUGAUAUCGGCGGCUGCUCUGGCGGCUGCGGGAGUUGAGCUGGAAUCUGUGGAUGAGAGUAUGACCGAGGUGCUGGUGAAAAUAGAGAAUUCGUCAUCUUCAACUCAAGAAGAAGACGAUGACGUUGAUGCGGAGCCUGAAGAGAUUGGCGACGGCGACGGCGAAGAAGAGCGGCAAGAAAGCUCUGAUGGAAAAGAACCAGAUUUCAACUAUGAUCUCAAGUUGUCGAGCCCAAUGUCUUGGGCUUUCGAUACAGUGAAAAUUGAAAAUGAAGAAGAGUUCGAAGACAUACUAUCCGGUGGGCAUGACACAACCAACACCGAGGAUGAAGACGAUUUGCUAACGACUGCAGCCGCAACAACGAAACAAGCUGCAGUCUGCUCGCCUAGUCAAAUUACAAUAACGUCAACGGAACCUUCUGCAAUGCCUGCCACAAAGGAGGACGGAUCGGCGUCUCGCUCAAGCAAUGUACGUUUCACGGCCAGCCAACGUGCAGCCUGCAAGAGGCGAUCACUAGGCGAGAAUAGGGAGUCAGAUUUAGAAUCAAAGCAGCAGCAGCAGCAGCAGCAACAGCAACAGCAACAGCAGCAGCAGCAGCAACAACAACAGUUACUUUUAGAGCAACAACAACAUCUCCAACACCUGCAACUGCGACCGACUCAGCAAACUUUGCAGUUCAAAUUAGCUUCUAUUCCCGCAACAAUCACUUCAGUAACAACAACAACAACGACAACAGCAUCAGCAACAACCAACCAAGAUAACAGCAAUGGCGUCAACGAUCAGAUUUGUACCGACAAUGCAACCGGCGAUGGCGGAGUCGGAGGAAUAGGCGGCGGGGCCGAACCGAAUGCAAAGCUGAACUCGAAUGCAGGCAACACCGCCAAAGCACCUGAUUUCAAAUCGUCCGUUUCCGAUGACAAACGAUAUCGCAUUCUUGUACAGAAUCAACGCAUGAGAAAGGAAUCGCUCGAGCACUCAGAAGAUAUGAUUUACAAUGCCGAUAUCGAAAAGCCAUGGGUAUGCCGCAACUGCAACCGUAAUUACAAGUGGAAAAAUAGUCUUAAAUGCCAUUUGAAAAAUGAGUGCGGCCAACCGCCGCGCUACUUCUGCAGCAAACUCUGCGGAUAUGCCACAAAUGUGCACAGUAACUUGAAACGUCACUUGAACACCAAAUGUCGCGAUCGCAUAGACGAAGACCAAAAGAUCAAUACCACAUACACGCUCGUUUUCCAACAAAACGAAUAAGCUUCGAUUGCGCACACGCACUGAAAACUUGUUUUUUUUUUGUGUUUUUUUUUUUAAAUACAUUAAUCCGUCGUAAGAAUGCUAGAAGGAUUGUGAAUCAUGGCCUAAAGGAUUCAACAUCCGUAGCUAAUGCUUAUAACAAAUCCAAGAAUUUCCUUUGGGCUCUCUUUAUUUUCACAUGCAUAUACAUACGAAUAUAAUUUAUUGUCCAGUUUGGACUGAUGCUAGUCAAAGUGAACGAACGGACCAUAUAAAAUAUGAUUGUAAACGUUCAUGCAUAAAUACAUACAUAUAUAGGGAGUACAUAUGUAUACAUAUUUAUACCUGUUUUUUUUUUUAUUAUUCAAUUACAUAGUAUUAGUAUUGUUAUUGCACUGUGUGUUGCCUUAGGGCCUCAACGAAAUAAUGCCCAAAUGUCGGUAUGGUCAAAUCCCAAAAGAACUUUUCUCCACCUCAUCAUUUUUUUUACAGUGGGUUAAAGUUUACACUUUUGGACCAUAAAUCAUGUCUUCUGAGACCUACACAUAAGUAGAAUUUAAUAAGCAGUUUUUCGAGGAAAAUUUUACUCAUUAAUUCCUGCCGUAAUGGGUCCUUUUUACCCUUAUUUUCGAAGGAGUUCCAUGUAAGUUCAUUAAAAAUAGCAGUUUGUACGUUUCCAUUUUCUAUAAAAUUGUUAAGCAGAAAGAGUCAGGGUCUUUAUCUAAAUUAUAUCAUGAAAAUACUUUUUUUUUACUCUUGAACUCUUCCCAGUAUUGGGGGUUUUUACACUUUCAUGAGGAAGUUCAUUAAAAACUGUAGAUGUAUCCUUAACCAUCAGAUUUUUCUUUCUUCGGCGACUCCCACUUAAAAUAAUUUAAAACUUUUGGAGAGCAUUUAACCCACCAACCAACUUUUACUAAUUUUUACAAAAAAUUGUUAAAAAUACACACAAACGGGAGAAGUAAAAGUUAAAAUAAUAUUUAUUGCGCACUAAAUUUUACUAAGUACAGGUUUUUGAAGAUAAUAAUUAUGUUUUGAAAUCUUUUGUCUUUGAACAAAAAAAAACUUGAUUUACGCCCUGUGUUUUCUGAGAUAGGGCGUUUUCGAACCUGCUGCCGAGAUGGGUCAAUCUUCAACCGUCGAUGUAUAGGUUUCCGAAGACAAAACUUAUGUUUGCGGUCAGCUGAUGCAUAAAAUCAUAUUAAUUUGUGGCCAGAAAAUGGAAAGCUUUAACCCUCGCAGCGCCAACUACCGUUGCGCACUAAUACGCAGAGGCCCUAAAGGAAAACUUUAAAAUUGUUCCACAGUGUUAGUAAUUCAAUUGCGUAAAUAUUCGUAUUUAUAUAAAUUGAAAUUGAAAAAAUAGUAGCACGCAUUUUUCGGUUAUGGGAAAGUAUUUCUAACAGUCUAUGUAUAUGUACCGUUAAUGCGAAGAAGUAUGACAACAAAAGUCAUUAAUGAAACCUUUUCUAGUCAAAUAAUGAUUUGAAGUCUUAGAAAAUUUAAUUACAUAUAGAUAUUUAUUUUAGCGUACGGUAUUAAUAAAUAUGCAAUUUAUUUGUUGCUGCCAUUUUAGUUUAAUAUUUAUUUGAUAUCCAUUAAAAAGAAUGAUUUUCGAAAAGUGAUGUUUUUUUUUAGCGUAAAGGAAUGUAGACUUACUUACUUAAUUAUUACAUAUACAUAUACAUAUGUAUGUAUAUUCAUGAAAAAUACAUGACUGCAUAAAUGUGUAUUUAUUGUUCACUUAUUUGUAUGUAUUUGAAAUGCUAGUUCUUUGGUACUAUAUCGCUGACGACACAGCGCCCAUGCAUACGUAAAUACAUACAUACAUACAUAUAUAGUUAAGCUUCUUUAAACAAUAACUGGUAUAGUUGCAAUAUUGUAAAAAAAAGGAAAACUUUGUAAAUGCAAUAACUCAAUAUUAUUAAAAAAAAAAAAA